UUUUCCCCCCACAAUAGAGGAGACUCGCGCCAUUCUGGGCAAAAUCAAACGGAAUCCGUAUGAUUUGUGAUAUACGGCCGUAUACGUAAGACUCACCGCAAAAUCCGAAGGAACUACGGCUAAACCGUUACGAGUUGACAGUGCUGAAUGGAGGAGGGUCACAAGACGAUUCUUCGGCGCUACAGGAUCGAUAUAGUCACGAGUUUGGAGCCAUCAAGUCUCUACGACCGGCCUGCUGGAGAAAGGAGUGUUCACGGGAGACAUGAUCGAUAAAAUAAAGAUGGCCUUCAUAGAGGAGGAUGCACGAGGUAGGCUUAGAUGGGAAAAGACGACACCCUGUGGCGACCCCGAACGGGACAAGCCGAAAGGAAAAGAAGAAGAAGAAGAUACACUUUGCUGAUGGCAGCAAGUUUCAUCCUGACAGCAGUUGUCGAUUCUCGAGAGCGAGUGAGCACCUGUGACACGGACCCGUUGAACGUCCAUCGCCUAAACUGCGAAUCCGGAGUGAUCAGCGUCGAGGGGGCGCUCUACGGUCGCACCGACGCGGUGGUGUGCUCGGAGGGGCGACCGCCGCAGGAGCUGGCGAACACGCAGUGCGCUCAGCCGGGCGUCUUGACCACCCUCUCGACGAGGUGCAAUGGCAAAAAAUCCUGCGAGGUGAACACGGCGCCUUUCCGCAAUCCCGACCCCUGUUCCGGCAUCCUCAAAUACCUGGAGACCAAUUUCACCUGCUUGCCCGCAAUUACUGUCGUGGCUUGUGAGGGUUCUUUGGCACAACUGUUUUGUGAUGAAGGGCAAGUUAUUUUCGUCUACGGCGCCGACUACGGACGCCGCGACGCGACCACGUGCACGUUCGGAAGGCCUGAGCAGCAGAUCCGAAACAGCCAGUGCCUGCGCCCGAGUGGCAUCCCGGCCAACACGUGCAACGGGAGAAACAACUGCACGAUCGCGGCCACCAACGCCGUGUUUGGGGACCCCUGUGGGGGCACGUACAAGUACUUGGAGGUCGCCUACACAUGUGAAUAUCCGAUCGUCGAAGUCUCACAUGUUUGUUAGACAAACAUGGACUGCCACGUGAUCUGGAUGAAUUUAUAAUACGCAGCAAUAAAUGUAAGUGCAGGUUAGAUUAGUGUCAGUUAGGCAACAUCAAUGUAUACUUGUAUUAAAAAAAUAAAUGUCUUAACGAAGA